AUGAGUAAUAGUACUGGAGAGCCGCUUGUCAAUAACUUCAAAAUUCCCUCAUGGGCAGCUAAACCACCUCCGGGUGUGCACUUAGAUGUUAUGAAAGACGGCAAGCUUAUUCAGAAACUGAUGAUGGACGAAAAGUCGUGCUACUUUUUCGGGCGAAACCGACAGCUUUGUGAUUUUGCUAUCGACCAUCAAUCGUGUUCCCGCAUCCAUGCUGCCUUAGUUUGGCACAAGAAUCUCAAUCGCGCCUUUCUCAUCGAUCUAGGCAGCGUCCACGGAACGUUCAUUGGCCGGAUCAAACUUGAACCCGACCGUCCUCAGCAGGUUCCUAUCGACUCUGAAAUCCAUUUCGGAGCCUCAACGAGGAUUUUCAUUAUCAGAGAACGCCCGAAUCCCCUCUUCAAUUCCUCCACAGCUGAGGCAGAUCGUGUGAUAAAGGAAGCUGCGGAUGCCAGUGGAAAUGCCAACAAAUUGCCUCAGAGCGAAGUUGAACUGGACAACCUGACCCAAUUCAACACAGCGCACAACCGUAGAAUCACAAGUGUUGUCGGCGAAAUGCAGGCGCCACCACCGUCAGCCAUACAAAGAGGCAGGAGGAACUCCCUGAACCAGCGCCACAGUGUCCACUUCAGCGACAUCGAAGAAGUCAUCAAUCCUGAGGAUGUGGAUCCCUCAGUUGGACGUUUUAGGAACUUGGUCCAGGAAACAUUUAUCCCUAACAAGGGUACGGGUAGGCAUGAGGGGGCCGAUAUCGGCAUCGCUGCUCCUAAAGUCGUCUCGGCGCCACCCACGCCCUCCAACGAGAAUGCCGCAAACCAGGCAGUUCGUCAGGCUGCCGUGAGUAACCCCAACUUCAGUUUGGCUGUCAAACUAGGUCUUCCGAUGCCAAACCUUGCACCUGAUAUCGAUUCCGCUGAGCCCCAGGAUAUGUCCACCUUCCGUCUGCCGACAACAACAACCCGGCUCUCGGCUGAGGACAUCCUUGGAGCUCCCCUUUCUAGCGUCAAAGAUGAGAUUACCGCUGGAGGAAAGCGGCCACCCGCUGAUGACGUCGAGAAACCAGGACCCAAAAAGAAGAAGUACGCGAAGGAGGCCUGGCCUGGCAAGCGGCCGGGAUUCCUAGUUGGGCCGUCAGUGGCCUGA